AUGUUGGUCACAAGGAAGUUUUCCAAUAUUUUAAUACGAAGUAGUAUUAAUUCGACUGUUAGACUGUUCCAAGUUUGUGUGAUGGGAGGCGCGAGCGAGAUCGGGCAAGCCGUCAGUCUGUUGUUGCGCACCGAGCCGGCGAUCAGCAAGCUGGUGAUCCACGACACGUGGGAGACGACGCCGGGCGUCGUCAUAGAGCUCUCGCACAUCCCCGCCAAGUCCGCACUAAAGGGCUACUUAGGAGACGCGACAAUGAAGCAAGCGCUAGGCGGCAGCGACUUGGUACUUUUAGUAGGAGGACCGCUCAAGACUCCCGGCGUGUCCGACGAAGCAUGUUUGAAAGCCAACAUGGAAUUUGUAAAAACGGUAUCCUCACAAAUCGGCAGACUGUCUAAAAUGCCAUUCGUGGGAGUCGUCGCGGAGCCGAUCAACUCGCUCGUGCCGAUGGCCGCGGAAUUAAUGAGAAAUUUUGGUACGUUCGAUGCCAGGAAACUGUUCGGCGUCACCACAAUAGACUGGAUCAGAGCCCGGACACUUUUCGGGACGCUCCACGGCUUGGCACCCGAGCGAUGCUUCGUGCCGGUCAUCGGCGGGCAUUCGAAUAAAACCACCGUACCGCUCAUUUCGCAGGCCAGCCCCGGAACCGACAUGACGGAUACGGACAUACGAAGGUUCGUAAGUGAAGUACAGAGGUACGACGAGAUCGUGUCGGAAGCCAAGCUCGGGCGGUCGGCGACGGUGUCCGUGGCGUACGGCGCGCUGCUGUUCGCGCGCGGCGCGCUGGCGGCGCUGGCCGGCCGCCAAGCAAGAGUGCACGCCUACGUCGAGAACGACCAUUUCGGAACAUCAUACUUUGCCGGUUUAGUGCACGUCGAUUCGAACGGUGUGAGAGAGAUGACGAGAUAUACGAACCGUAUCACCGAAUACGAGUGUCACAUACUAGAAGAAGCUCUCGAUCGAUUGAGGAAAGAUGUCGCUCUAGGGAAGAAAAUAUUAGAAGCGGAGUAA